GAAUUUCUUACACAAGGUGUCAGGUAUCAGUUGGCUUCAGAUAUCAAAAUUUAAAUAUGGCGUCGGCAAUGGAAAUUGAUGAUGAAGAAAGUGAUUUACCAACUUCGAGUAGUAGUAAAGGAGAGAAAAAACGUUUCGAAGUAAAAAAGUGGAAUGCUGUGGCCCUUUGGGCAUGGGAUAUCGUAGUAGAUAAUUGCGCGAUCUGCCGUAAUCAUAUAAUGGAUUUGUGCAUUGAAUGUCAAGCAAAUCAAGCGUCAGCUACUAGCGAAGAAUGUACCGUAGCUUGGGGUGUAUGCAAUCAUGCAUUCCAUUUCCAUUGCAUCUCACGUUGGUUGAAGACUCGACAAGUUUGUCCACUUGAUAAUCGAGAGUGGGAGUUCCAAAAAUACGGUCAUUAGCUGAGUGUGUUCAACUACCACGAACAUCUGAACCCUCCAGAAUGCCAAAGCCGAUGCAAGUUUAACUACAUAUGUGAAUAAAAGACAUUUAAAUAAUCUAUCGUAACAGCAUCAUAAAAAAAAAUCGGCGGCAUAUCUACAAGCGCCAUCGCAGUGCUUUUGACAAAGAAAAUAAAUUACAAAUUUGCUUGAAACACAACGUGAUUAAAACAUUAUUGCACCAGCAGUAUCAACUUGAUAAUGAUCUAUCUAUUGAGUUAAAACAGCGAAUACUAAAACUAUGAGCUACUGAAAGUUUCUUAUCUUAUCGGUUAUGCAUUAUAUGACAAUGUACUUCUUAGUUCUAAGAACAUAAAUAAAGGAAAUUAAACUAAAUAA